AACUUCGGUAACACUUCCUUUCCUCUUCUGCGGUUGGCGAGGUGCGUGGGAGGAUUUUGAGAAACAUAUUUGUCUCGCUGUCCCUACUGGUACAUUUUCGUCAGCCCCUGGGAUCAUGCUAGCGCAACAUCGGACUUCGUCGUCAUCAGUAGCUCUGCGUGACAGCACCACAUCUAGCGUCUUUUCAACUUAAGGCUUCUCCUCACUUAUAUACUUUCUUAUGUGUAUAAUCUAUAGGGACGACGAUCUCUCUCUUGCGAUCAUUUCCCUACAGGGAUGCAGCAUUGGGGGAGUGGUCUCUAAUCAACUGUCGCAGGAGAAACGACCAGUCGUGCGAGUAUCUAUCACGCCGACGAGCGAAGACAUUACAGCUCUGAGGAGGUGUUGGUAUCUCGACGUGCGCUUUUGGAUAGAAUAGAGAUGGUAGAGAAUUUUGCCCAAGAGUUAGAGGAUCGGGCGAGUGUCUUCGGCGUCGAAGUCGGCAGCGAUCAGGGUCCGAAAAGUGUCUUUUCAACUGCCAAGAAGGAAGACGGGCCAACUACAGGGACGAGAACGCCAGGAGCUGCUGCUGCAGACGUCGGCGAAGAGUUGACCCGCAUACGCCGCUCUUGUCGCAGCACGAUGGACCUGCUGUCUGCGCGGGAGAAGGAGAUAGAGCAAUCUGCAUUAGAAGCUGAGAUGAGGAAGGCAGAACUCGAUAUCGAGAUAGCUGAGGUUCGUCGGAUGAAGGAAGACCUAGAAAAAAAAGCGGCUGAUCUUGAGAGGAGGGAGAUGAUCAUGUUGAGAUCGAGUGCAGAGCACCAAGAAGAAAGGGAUGAUCUUCUUGUCGUCGAAGUAGAUGAAAUGGGAGGAAGUACAAGAAAGAACCAAAGAGGAGGACAAGUAGCAGCACAGCAGAGGAUAAGCCGGGAAGUAGACAUGGUAGAGGACAGUGAUUAUGAAUCUCUGUUGGUAGUACCGCAAGCGCAAACCAAGAUCCCCGCUUCCCUUGUAGCAGAAGCCUCAGCAGCACUAUCCAAAUCUAGCACCGCCAGUUCUAGGAGACGAGAAGAGGCAAAUAAGGCACUACAAGUACAACAGGCCUCAUAUUUGAAAAUUACUACGACUCCAACAUUGAGUAAAAGAACUCCUUCAACAUCUUCCAAACAAACGGGAAGCACCAAAAAGGCUCCGAACAAUCCCUUCAGGAGAAGGAGUAGUGAGGAUGCGCCAGCGGCUAAGGCCGCUGAAAAGCCUGACCGCAUUAAGAACGUCGACAAAGACCGCAUUAAGAAUGACAACGACUACGAAGUAGAUGCAGUUGCAGACGGUUACAACGAUGAAAAAAGUGUUAAUAUCGACGACGUGGAUGAAUUUGGAGGAGCAGUAUUGGAGCACAAGCACAACGAAGAAGAUGGCGUUGACCAAGAGGAUUCCGCUAGCCAUCUUGCUGGAGAAGAUGAACAACAAGGGCCUCCUCAGUAUCAGCAAGUCAUUACAAUAGAAGAAGACCAAGAAGAACUGCAAAUAAGUCCGAAACCAAAUACAACUACGCUAGGACUAGGACGCGGUGGUGGACUCACCAGCAACAAAAUGAAGCAACGACAUCAACAAGGCGAACGCGAAGGCGAAGGGUCUUUUAAGUGUAGGCUAAAGGUGUUCCUGUUGCCGUUUGUUUUGCCUCUCCCAAGGGAGAAAGGCAGAAGGUCACGGGAAACAGAAACGCUAAGGCUCUACCUCUAAGAAGUCUUUACAGAUUCAUUGGGGUGUGCGAGUACUCGAUGAAAAACUGCUCUCUUCGAACGGUGCAGCGUCCUCAUCCGCUUCGUUUUCCUCGAGUAGAGACACUAGCAAUAGCAAAGGUCGUUAUGGAGGUGGUGGCGGUGGUGACCAGGGUGUUAUGGGUGCUGGUGCUAAAAGUGGUGUCGGUAGCACGGGUGUCUCUCUAGGUCUCGGAGGUCAUGGUGGAGGACCACGUUCUAAUGCUUCUGGUGUUCCCAAAGGACCGACAAGCACUGUGGUUUUGCAACAGCCUCCACCAUUCAACAUCAACAUUGGCCAGCCUCUUUCUUUCGUACCACAAGCACGCAUUCCCACGCCCGAUAAGAAAACGAAUCCGCACACAACUUCUGCUGGCUCCAGAAGUAAUGCAUCAACUGCAGUUUCUGGACGAAAUGGAACAGGUGCAUCUUAUUUGGGUCUUUCCCCACCUACCAGAAUUACAGACUCUCUACGCGAAAUGAUCUCCCAAUCGUCUGCUCAGCAAGCGGCGUACUACCGACAGCACCCGACAAGCAGCGUACAAUCAGGAGAGCGCUACCUUCCUGAAGCCAAGUUAGAGCAUGUCCUCAAAGUGCCAGCUAGCCUUGAACCCCCGAAGUUCAUAGGACAUGACUGGAUAGAUCCUCAGUCGCAAAAGCCUCGCUCCCUAUCUCCUUUCGCAACAUCCGUGGCAGCUGAGAGGAAAAAGAGCAUGCUAGGACAUAUCGAAGCAGAAAGACAAAGUAUGGAAACAAGGAUGAAGAGAAUUAUUUCAACAAGUAGUUGUAGUCCUCCUCCCCCCGGUGGUAGGGACGAAAGGGGUACAGGAGGUACGAGCCGCGACAGGAGUCGUGCUGACACCUCCAACCAGAAAGCAACAGAGGAAAAGCAACAGGAAAGCGCUGAUGCUCCUCAAAAAUCCGAUGACAAAGUACUACAUGGAGCACCCAGAGAACAAGAUGGUUUAUCAAGAACAACUCCAGCCACCCAGCCCUCUUCAAAGCUUCUGAAAGCAGAGCUUCCGCAGUGGAAGCCUAUCCACCUAGUCGGCCCCGCAGGCAAGGUGUCCGGAAAUAACAAGGGCCUGCUUUUUCCUACCAACAGCCAGAAAAAGAUGCCAACUUUGGAGCAAAAACUGAGGCCAGAUGGGCUGAGUCGGGAAAUCCAGAGAGCACUGAAUUCUCCAGCAACGACUGAAAUGAGGCAUAAUCAACGUUUUUUGCAUCUUCCACAACAGCGAGUUAUUACUGGUACUACUGCUAGUGCGUCCACGUCGAGUUGUAGUAAGAAAGGAACUACUUCUACUACGAAUAGAACAUCUUCAAGCACUCGACGAGCAGAUGCGAGAGCUACCACGGCAAUAAAUCCCACGAAGGGCGUCAAUGUUAGUAGUCGAUCUGUUGAAACACCAGACCAACACCAAGAUCCGAAACACCAGGUGAAGAAUUUCAUGCAGGCUCCCGCCGUCGCUAGUUCUACGCCUCCUUCGUCUGACACUUCUUCACCUGUAAAACGAAUUCAAGCACAAGCUCUGCCACCUCCAUCAAGCGAACAGCCACAGCCUCAAGAUCUUCGUACACCCUCACAUCGUUCCACCACCAGUAGCAACAUCGUCAUGCACAACAGCAUGCACUCCCGUGAAUCGACCAAAGCUGCUCUGGCCGCUGUAGAAGAGGAGAACGACGCAUUGGAGGAGAGCAGACGAGAAGAGGUGGCUCUUGCACUGGAGGCACUGCAGCAAAAAGUUGCCAGGAGGUCGACACGAGGAUAA